GGAGUGCCUGGUUCACAGGUCUGGCUGGCCACCACACCCAGCUCUGCCUUCAGUUUCUUCACUGAAAGGUGGGCCCCACAGGCAAGACCUCAGCUGUCCUAUCACCGCUGUCCCAGGCCUGAGGAGGCAGCGGGCCAGGAUGGCCCUGGGCCUGUCCCUCCUCGCUCCCCACCCCCAUCGCGCCUCGCUGCGUGGGGACCAAUGGCAGCUGAGGGAAGGGGGGGGGCCCGCCCGGCCCUGUCCUCCGGUGCCACUGGAAGCUGCCUCUGGCUGCCUCCCAAGGAGGGCGAGGAAAGGUCGGCCAAGCAAGGGGCAUUCCAGGCUCAGCAGGCAGGGCGGAGGGGCUGGGAGGCCCGAGGCAGGCGGGGACAGCCGGGGACACAGCGGCCGAGAGUUGCCACAGCUUGGCUGAGUCGGAGGUCGCUGUCUCCUCGGCCUCUCGCCCACCUAGCAUCCAGCCCACGCGUCCAAGCCCAGGGACUGCGAGCACCCAGGAUGCGGCUCCCGGUUGCGGGCUCGGCCUCGGUGGCUUCGCUGGCGCUGCUUUGGUUGCUGGGCCUGCGGUGGACCUGGAGCGCGGCGGCCGCGUUCGGCGUCUACGUGGGCAGCGGCGGCUGGCGCUUCCUGCGCAUCGUCUGCCUGACGGCGAAGCGGGACCUCUUUGGCCUCUCGGUUCUGAUCCGUGUGCGCCUGGAGCUGCGGUGGCACAGGCGCUCGGGCCACACCAUCCCGUCCAUCUUCCAGGAGGUGGUGCGGCGGCAGCCCGAGCGCCUGGCGCUGGUGGAUGCCGGCAGCGGCGCGAGCUGGACCUUCGCCCAGCUGGACGCCUACUCCAACGCUGUGGCUCAGCUCUUCCUCCGGCUGGGCUUUGCACCGGGUGACGUGGUGGCUGUCUUCCUGGAGGGCCGGCCGGAGUUCGUGGGGCUGUGGCUGGGCCUGGCCAAGGCGGGCGUGGUGGCCUCACUGCUCAACGUGAACCUGAGGCGCGAGCCGCUGGCCUUCUGUUUGAGCACCUCAGGCGCCAAAGCGUUGAUCUACGGCGGGGAGAUGGCAGCCGGUUCAGUCCCCAGCCGGAGGAAAGGAGCUGGAGGGUCGGGAGGCCGCAGGGCGUGGGCGGGAGUGACGCCAUGUGGCGCAGCUGUGGCCGAGGUGAGCGCGCAGCUGGGGAGGAGCCUGUUGAUGCUGUGCACUGGCGCGCUGGGACCCGAGAGCCUGCUGCCCGACAGCCGCCUGCUGGACACCCUACUGGAGGAGGUGCAGCCCGAGCCCCUGGCACCACCUGCAGGCAAAGGCAUGGAUGAUCGCCUCUUCUACAUCUACACAUCGGGGACCACGGGGCUGCCCAAGGCUGCCAUCGUGGUGCAUAGCAGCCCCAGGACCUUCGCAUGCGCGGUGCCCUGGGUAGGACGCCUGGACCGUCAGGCGGCCGCUCCCUGCUCCAGGUACUACCGCAUCGCAGCCUUCGGUCACCACUCCUACAGCAUGUGCCAAGCGGACGUGCUGUACGACAGCCUGCCCCUGUACCACUCCGCAGGCAACAUUCUGGGCGUGGGGCAGUGCGUUAUCUAUGGACUCACCGUGGUCCUGCGCAAGAAGUUCUCGGCCAGCUGCUUCUGGGACGACUGCGUCAAGUACAACUGCACGGUGGUGCAGUACAUCGGUGAGAUCUGUCGCUACCUGCUGCGGCAGCCAGUGCGCGAGGCUGAGGCACGGCACCAGGUGCGCCUAGCUGUGGGCAAUGGCCUGCGCCCUGCCAUCUGGGAGGAGUUUGCGCGGCGCUUCGGGGUGCGGCAGAUCGGGGAGUUCUACGGUGCCACCGAAUGCAACUGCAGCAUCGCCAACAUGGAUGGCAAGGUCGGCUCCUGCGGCUUUAACAGCCGCAUCCUGCCGCACGUGUACCCCAUCCGGCUGGUAAAGGUCAACGAGGACACCAUGGAGCUGCUGCGCGACGCGCGCGGCCUCUGCAUCCCAUGCGAGCCCGGGGAGCCCGGUCUUCUUGUGGGUCAGAUCAACCAGCAGGACCCACUGCGCCGCUUCGACGGCUAUGUGAGCGAGAGCGCCACGAGCAAGAAGAUCGUGCACAGCGUCUUCCACAAGGGGGACAGCGCCUACCUCUCAGGUGAUGUGCUAGUCAUGGACGAACUGGGAUACAUGUAUUUCCUCGACCGCAGCGGGGACACCUUCCGCUGGCGCGGGGAAAACGUGUCUACCACUGAGGUGGAAGGCGUGCUGAGCCGCCUGUUGGGCCAGGCGGACGUGGCUGUGUAUGGCGUAGCUGUGCCAGGAGUGGAGGGGCGAGCGGGCAUGGCGGCCAUCGCGGACCCCCGCGGCCAGUUGGACCCCAACUCCAUGUACCAGGAACUGCAGAAAGUGCUGGCGCCUUAUGCACGGCCUUUGUUCCUGCGCCUGCUGCCGCAGGUGGACACCACUGGCACCUUCAAGAUCCAGAAAACCCGGCUACAGCACGAGGGCUUCGACCCGCGGCAGACCUCCGACCGGCUCUUCUUCUUGGACCUGAAGCAGGGCCACUACCUGCCGCUGGACGAGGCGUUGUACAUGCAGAUCUGCUCUGGCGCCUCGGCACUCUGACGCGAGCGGCUGAUCAGGGCGCACGUGCCCCCCCCCCCCCCGCAGAGCAGCGCACGUGUGUGCCACGCAACGUGGCCGGAGCGCACGUGAACGUGACACCUCGCUGGGGUGGGGGCUCGCGCCUCUUUUGGUACGUUUGUCUGUCUUCUGCCUCCCUGCUUGCUUCUUGUGGGUGGGCGGGCGUGGACCUGACCCGCAGACGCUGGGGCGCCCCCUGAUGGUGCGGUGACCCCUGACUCGUGGCUGUGGCCCAGUAAUGCGACUGCCUGUCCACCCACUGGGGACUUGGUCCUGCUUGGUUCUGAGAAACCCGCCAGGCCGGGCCACAGGGGCCCAGGGCAGGCACCACGACGACUUCACUCACGCGGGACGGGGCCUGGAUGGGCCUGCACCGUCAGACGGGACAGUGUGUGGCUGCGCCAGUGGGCAGGGCCAGUGCAUAAUGUUCACUGGACACUGCAGGACCUAGGAAGGAGCUAGAGAUCCCCGGCACCAAGCUGCAGCCCCAGUCCUUUCUUAUUUUUUACUUAGAAACAGUUUCACAGUCAUUGGAUUUUUCCAGGCUGAGUGUGAGUUUACGCUCCUCUUGCCUCAGCCUCCUAGGUAGCUGGGAUCACUGGCCUGAGCCACAGUGUGGGCCAAGUUUCCACCCUCAGUAAGUGAACGCUGAAACCAUGAGACACAGCCACCUCGGGACCAAGGGGCCAAGGGAUAACAUCGCAGUCCUGCAGCUUGGUGGUCCCAGGGGUUGGUGACAGUUAGCCUGUGGACCCGGAAAGCUGCCCUCCCCGUUUCAGGUUUGGUUUUUAAAAAAAUGUUGGAAUAUCUUCACUAUAUGUGUUUCAGGAUUGGGACUCACGUUUAAAUGCAAGUUUGUUUACUCCAUAUUUGGGGACAAGGUCUUACUAAGUUGCACUUACUAAGAUCUUACUAAGGCUGCACUUGAAUUUGAGGGCUCUCUGCUUCAGCCUCCUGGAGUGCUGAGAUUACAGCCCUGUACCAUGUACCAUGCUCAAUUUAGAUACAAAAUUUAUGUUUAAAGAAACACCGCAUACACGUAGUCUGAAGAUAGUUAUAUACUGUUUUCAAUAGAUGUGUCCAUAAGUGUGUAA